CAAGCACAAACGACUAACACACGGUUUGGAACACAUCACGGUUUCAGUGCCAUGGCACCCAACAAGUCCGUUGGUCACCCUGCGCUCCGAUUCCUAGCCGCUAUGGCACUCGUGUUAACGGUAUCAGUCUGUGGCCAGUCGUCGUCUCCAGCUCCGACGCCUGCUCCAGCCCCGGCGCCUGCAACGACUCCUGCUUUAGCCCCAAUAAUGCCAGCGCCGACUCCUGCUCCGACGCCUGCAACGACUCCUCCUGCUUCAGCCCCAACGGCGCCAGCACCGACACCAGCGCCAACACCAUCACUGACACCAGCGCCGACUCCUGCCCCGGCGCCAUCCGAAAACCGGUGUCCCCCUGGCUUCCCUAACCUAAUCACCUUAAUUCAAGCCAUUAAGACCACCUAUCCUAAUAAGUGCAAUAUUAUUAUUGUCCCCGUUCCAUUCUCGCCGGUAAACCCAGGGUCGGGCAUUCUUCCAUUUCCACCCUACAAAUGCCUGUGCUACUGAUUUCCCAUUAUUAGGAUUCCAUGGCCCGGCAUCCCCACCUACAAAUGUGUUCCUGUAGGCACUCCCGGCCCUUAACAGUAUGAGCAUAUAUAUAUUUGGGUGCACGGAAACUAUGCAGAAAUGUGCGCAUGCAUACUUAAGUAUGAAUAAGUGCAUGUGAGCGAGGUCUGUAUCUGGAGGUUGAUUAGUUCCAUACAUGGGCGCAGUGUGUGCAUGGUAAGGGACAAUUAAUUGACCUACAGUUGUGUGUAAUGCGUGACAUGCUGUUGUUGUUUUACUAUAUACUACUUAAAGUGCAUCAACAAUCCAUGAAC